AUGGCAAUAACAUUUUCUUUGCCGUCGAAUUUGUGGCAGAAAAUGCGAUGCUUUUGCUGCGACAUCUACCCAAUCGAUUUCCAAGUCUUGUUAUCAAAAACACUUGACCAAAAUUCGAUACUCUUCGAGUCGAAAAGUAGUCGAGCGAGUUCCGUGAAAUUGGUCACGACAAAUAAAGUCAUAAAUAAGAAGAAGAGUCGCUACGUGUUUGGUUCGACGACUGUUUUGGAAGAGAAAGAGUGGGAGUGUAUACUUACAUCAUGUGUGGAGACUGCGCAACAACUGACUUAUUUCGACCAAGAAAAUAUCCGGAAGGUCAAAAUCAGUGAAUUUGUCGAAGAAGACAGAAGAAUCAAUUUCCAAGGUUAUUUGAGGACGCUCGAGAAGCUUGAGAACUUCCUCUUACGCGUCAUGAACAAAGCAAGCACCUACUUUUUCUUCAUAUCAGUGGUCACCAAGUUGAUUGAAAUGAAUUCGUUCAAUAUGGCAUUUGUUGUGUUAAAAACAAUCGAGCAGAAGAACGAGGUCUUUGCAAAGGAACUUAAAAAGAACGUGAAGAAUGCAUUGGAGAAGAACAAAGCAUUUUUAGAGAAGAAGGCAUUUUGGAGCGCAUAUAAAAAAAUUCAACAAGACGAACCUAAAUUCGUCGUCGUCAAUUACUUCGCAGAGGAACUGGAAAAAUGCGACGUACUAACCCUCGACUUGGGGGGCACACUUAAUAUGGAAAAGAUUAGAGAAUUCGCAAGAUGUAUAAAAAUGUGGAAAACAGCAAAGACAAGUAAAUUCAAUGUAAAGCCGAUACCAAGCGUUAUCGAGUUUCUUUGUCAAAACACUGUUUAA